AUAUAACGUUUUAUAAAAUGAUGAAUUAAAUCAGUGCGGAACCGCAUAUCUUAUUUCAUUUUUACAUAAACUUUACCUGAGAGCUUUUCGGUUCGUGAAGCAACUGCGAUUUGUUUACUUUUUUUUCUCGGUUAAAUGUGUGCACAACUUGCACGUUUUAUGGAUGUAUAAAAAGAUAUUUCAUUCACAAUAGAGCAGUAUAUCAAGAUAAACUAAAAUACAACUCGUGGAGUGAAACCAUUUUCUUCUGGAGUGGACCGUAUGAUUUAUGUUAUUCUUACAAAAGCCGAAUGAAGGCCUGAAAUUCACUUUACUGUUUACCCGAAAUUUGAGAGAUGACAGACGAAACGCAGCACACUUUGGGACAUGAUUUUCAUAAGGAUUCUUCGAAGGUGUCUUUAAACAAGCGUGGUUGCUACUUUCUGGUAUUCAUAGUUAUCGCGCUUCCGGUAGUGGUCGGCGUGGUCGUCUGGCACCUCACAGACCGGGCCUGUAAUGGAUCCAGUGAGGAUGGCACCGGAGGCAACCAGGUGCCGGUGGUUGGCACGUCGGUGGGAAGCACAGUACAAGUGACCACAGCAGGUCCGUCAACUACAGAACCUUGGAAAUACUUACGACUUUCAGGAGACGUUAAGCCUGUGCAUUAUGAAAUAACAUUGUAUCCGGAUUUUUAUGAUGACAAUGGAUGGUUUUAUGGUAAUGAAACCGCAGAAUUAAAUGUCAUUAAAUCAACUAAGUUCAUUCUAAUUCAUACAAACCACAUGAAUGUUACGCACACGGAACUGAAUUAUUCCGAUGGUACGAAUAUUCCGCUUGCCCGGACGUGGUGGUACGCGGAGAACCAGUUCUGGGUUGUAGAGGCCGAGGACGUGGUACGCGCCGGUACUGUGUUUCUCAAGCUACGAUUUGAUGGGUCGCUCACACAAGCAAUCGUCGGCUUUUACAAGAGCAGCUAUACUAACUCAGUGACGGGCAAAAGACGGCACCUUGCGUCGUCGAAGUUCCAGCCUGUGGACGCGAGGCGCGCCUUCCCGUGCAUGGACGAGCCGGGCCUCAAGGCGGAGUACACUGUGACUCUCGUGCAUAAGCGAGGCUAUAUCGCCCUCUCCAACAUGCCUGCACUGACAACAUCACCAUGGGAGCACAACAGCUCGCUUGUGGCCACGCCCUUCAAACGGUCCGUUCCCAUGUCCACCUACCUCGUGUGUUUUGUCGUCUGCGACUUCGCAAACAUCACAUCCACCACCAAGUAUGGAAACGAGAUUCGAGUGUUUGCGACACCUGAUAGAAUUCAGCAGGCCGAAUUUUCGCUGAAAGUUAUGAAGAUGUCGAUGGAACUCUACCAAGACUUGUUUAAAGUGGAAUUCCCUCUACCGAAGAACGAUAUGAUAGGGAUCCCGAACUUCGUGUCUGGGGCGAUGGAGCACUGGGGCCUAAUCACGUACCGUGAGGUGAACAUGCUGUACGAUCCACUACAGGCAUCUGCCGCCAACCAACAACGGGUCGCGGUCGUCGUCGCUCAUGAGAUAGCACACAUGUGGUUCGGGAAUAUUGUAACGAUGGACUGGUGGGACGACCUUUGGCUGAACGAGGGGUUCGCCUCCUUUGUCGAGUAUCUCGGGGCGAACGUGUCUGAACCCGCCUGGGAAAUGUUGGACCAGAUGGUAGUCGAUGACGUGAAGCCGGUGAUGGUGACGGACGCUGGCGUCAACUCCCAUCCCAUAGUCGUGGACGUCAACCAUCCGGACCAGAUUAACGAGGUUUUCGACGCCAUCUCGUACAGCAAGGGAGCGUCAAUCCUGCGCAUGCUUCAAGAGAUCCUGGGUGGCGAGGCGUUCUUUAACGGGAUCUCGGCCUACCUAAAGAAGUACGAGUGGUCCACCGCCACCACCGACCAGCUCUGGGACGAGCUAGGACAGGUUCGUGGCGGAUACAGCGUAAAGGAAGUAAUGGAUACGUGGACACUUCAGAUGGGGCUACCCUACAUCAACAUCUCAACAGCACCCGGAAGUGGCGGCAUCACAAACGUCAUGGCCUCCCAACACCGCUUCCUCGCACAUAAAUCACUGGCAUAUGACCCGAAUGAAUCUCCUUUCAGAUAUAAGUGGUUCGUGAACCUUGACUAUAUAGAUGGCAACGAGUAUAAAACACAAUGGAUCACAAAAGAUCAAGAUUCAGUGACGUUUAGCGUAAGUCAAACACAGCCUGUGAAGUUCAAUGUGAAGGACACGGGGUUUUACAGAGUUAACUACCCUGACACUGUCUGGAGAGACUUUGCACAGCGACUGAACCAGAGCGGGCCUAAUGCUAUCCCCGAGCCUGCAGAUCGCACUGGGCUUAUUGACGAUUCUUUCAACCUAGCACGGGGAGGUUACCUUAGCUAUGACGUAGCGCUGAAGAUGACGUCAUAUCUGGAUAGAGAAUUCCAUCAUUUGCCAUGGGAUUCGGCGUUUAAUGGAAUCACCUACAUCAAGGACAUGUUUCUAAACAGCGGCAUGUUCAACACUCUUAGGAAGUAUAUACUUACCAAAGUGCGACCAGUAUUAGACAAAAUAACCUGGAACGAUGAACAGUCAUCCCACCUCGAAAAAUUGAUGCGGUCGAACCUUAUUCAGCUGGCUUGCGACUUCUCGGACACCGACUGUUACGGUAACGCCACACAGAGGUUCAGAGACUUCGUCGACAGAAAUAUCUCGAUUCCACCAAACCUUCGUCUCCACGUGUACAAGUACGGUAUGUCGGCAGACGGGUCGGAGGCGGACUGGGAAUUUCUGUGGCAGCGCUUCCUUGUGGAGACCGUACCACAGGAGCGGGUGAACCUCAUGUACGGCUUGUCUUUCACCAAACACGUCUGGCUCCUUAACAGAUACCUCGACUACUGUAAGGACCCUACGAAGAUCUUGUCUCAGGACUUCUUCGCGGUGGUGACCUACAUAUCCCGGAACCCCGUGGGUAACUCCCUCGCCUGGGACUGGGUCCGCAACAACUGGGAAUACCUCGUCACCAGAUUUACAACUGGUUCCAGGUCCCUCGGCCGCUUGGUCCCCAGUAUUGUCGACAAGUACAACAGCCGAUUCAAGCUGCAAGAGGUCGAGGAUUUCUUCGUAAAGUACCCGGAUGGCGGGGCGGGUUCACGAGGUCGGGACCAGGCAAGGGAGAGCAUCCAAAGAAACAUUAUUUGGAUGAGGGAUAAUUCAGGAAAUAUCAAGGACUGGCUUGAAAACAACCUGGCGGAUGCCUAAAUAAUCCCGCCUUUUUAUACUUGACCUCAUUUUCUACUGUGUAUUUUAUUGUCCUUUUAUGUUUGAUGUAAGCAAACAAAAUAUAGUGUGAAAGUAGUGGUUUAAUGUUAUAAGCAUACAUUUACCAAAAUAAAUGGUCGUUGAGUGUCGCUAUAUAAUAACUAUUCAAUCAAGUUUUUGAGAACAUAUUUUGUCUUCUUUUUCCGCCUUUAUUUGAAUCUACAUGUUAACUUGUUUGAAAUAAUUUAUGACUGACUGCUAAUUUACCAAUAUACGGCAAUUUUGAAAAAAAAAAUAAUCCCAUUGGUAAAAAUAUACCUCGAACACUAAUUGAGCGUAAAAUGUGUAGUUACACGAAUUUGUAAUACAAGUGCAGAAGUUCAUGAACACGCCUUUGUAAAUUAUGUAAAAUAAAUUGUGUACACGUCG